UGCACUCUUUACAGCUCACACCACCCCUCCACCAGGGACAGGAUUUUACGGCUGUGCCAGCCUGGCCAACCUGUGGGAUGAGGAACCACGUGCACAGUGAGCCCCAACCUACUGCAGCCAGGGCCAGGAGCACAGUCCUCAGCCAGCACCCAAGGGAGCACCAUGCCCUCAGAAGGUGCUGCUCCUGCCUUUUGCCCUGCAUGGCAGCACAGCAUUUACCACAGGCCUGCAUGCACCAGGCCCAGUGUUUUGCUGCAUACAUACGAGCAGCUCCUGGAGAACAGCUGAACAGUCAGGUGGCAAAACCUGAGAAAAGUCUGCGCCUCAGUGGGGAUGAACCAAUGAAAACCCCACACAACCAGAGCUGUGCAGGACAGCAAAGAGACACUGAGCCACCACCGCAAGCGGUGGGAGACUGGGAACCCCGAGAGGGUGAGCAGAAAGCAAAGAGAUGGACCAGACGAAGACAGAGGUAUUUAAAUGCAGCAAGGGGUACGAAGAAGUGCAUCGGCUGCUCCUACCCACAGCACCCAAAGCAAAGCAACGCCGCCCACAUUCGCGAUGCGGUGCCACCAGCCGUUGCCGAAUGCAAGAGAUGGCACAGGCGGAUGCGAGAUGCAGUGAAACGCUCCAAGGUUUGCUUUGAAGGUUACAUGAACCGUUUGUUUCGGUGGAUAAUUGCUUGAGUAAAGCUUUAGAAAAGAAGUGACGGAUUAAUACGUUUUCCAAUAAGCUAUGACUUAUUUUAUUCUUUACUCAUCACCGCCCCCCCGAAGAACCCAACCAUUUUGUAUUGAUGCAGUGCGGGUUUCAGGUCAGGAGUCGGGGCAUGUGAGGAAGCAGUGCACUGGCACAGGACAGGCAGCUGUGCUCUGAGCAAAAGCAUUCCUUUGGUACUGCCAGAGUUCUGCUCUAGGCCUUUAUUUUGGGGAUUAUAAAUAAACUGCUACACAGACAAGUCAGAAAAGAAGAAAAUUAGGAAGAAAUAUCUACUUUGCACAGUCAAAUUACCACAAAUUACUGUUCUGAU